UUCACAAUCACGACCACAACAGAUAGGACAAGCACUAUACCACUCCUUCAAUGGUAAUAAAAUAGUAAUAAUCAGAGUUGUAAUUUUCCCUCAGAUUCCGAAAAGGGAGAAGAGACAGGAAGGAUUAAAUCCAGAAUUCACCGUCAUGGUGAAUCAAAGAAGAAAAAGCCUCCAGCUUGUCUGCAUUGUUACUCCUAUAUAGCAUCUUCUUCAUUUCUGUAAAAAUCCACAUUUCUCCUAUGGCUUCACUUUUGUCCACCCUUGUUUUCAUCACCCUCUUGUUAUUCUCCUUCUUCUUCUGCUUUGCUGUCUCUCAAGCAACUUCCAGUGAUGAAUCAGACGAAGAUGGCUGCGACAACCGUUGGAUCUACCUCCGGAGUCUCCCUCCGCGCUUCAACCUCGAUCUGCUCAUGAAUUGCUCCGAAUACCCGCUUUUCGACGACUUUUGCCCUUACUUGGCCAAUCAUGGCCUUGGCCAGAAGACCCAUAACCGCUCUUACAGUUGGUAUCGGACCGACCCGUUGAUGCUCGAACUCAUAUUUCAUCGUCGCAUGCUGGAGUACCCAUGUCUCACAGAAGAUCCAUUUUCUGCUAACGCGGUUUAUCUUCCCUAUUAUGCUAGCCUCGACGCUUUGCGCUAUCUCUACGGCCCGGAGAUUAACUCUAGCGCCGAGCACGGGCUCGAAUUGUUCGAGUUUCUGCAAGAAGACGAGCCCGGAAUCUGGAAUCGGCACAUGGGUCACGACCAUUUCCUGGUGAUGGCUCGGCCGGCGUGGGAUUUCUCGCAACCGUUGGAGAAUGAUCCACCCAUAUGGGGGACUUCGUUUCUGGAGUUGCCUCAGUUUUACAACGUAACGGCUUUGACGUUGGGGUCUCGUGCUUGGCCAUGGCAAGAACACGCGGUCCCUUAUCCGACGUCGUUUCAUCCGCCAAAUCUCGAGCUAUUGGAGUCUUGGAUUCAGCGGGCGAGGCGUUCGAAACGCACCGCUUUGGCGAUGUUCGCCGGCGGCGGAGGGAUCUCCGCCGCGCCUAAUAUUCGACGAAGCAUUAGAAAUGAGUGCGAGAAUAAUACUGCAAACUCAACCUUAUACGGUGGCUAUGCGAAACUGUGUGACCUUGUUGAUUGCUCUAACGGAAUUUGUGAGCAUGAUCCUAUAAAGUACAUGAGGCCAAUGUUGCAGGCAAGUUUCUGUUUGCAACCUCCUGGGGAUACUCCGACUCGUAGGUCGACGUUUGAUGGAUUUUUGGCUGGAUGUAUCCCGGUUUUCUUCGAGGAUCAAUCUGCGAAAUCGCAGUACGACUGGCAUUUGCCGGAGAACGAAUUCGAGAGCUUCUCGGUGUUCAUACCGAAGGAGGAUGUAGUGUUCAAAGGGGUGAAGAUUUUCGAUGUGUUGCGAGGCAUUUCUAGAGGCAGAGUUAGGAGGAUGAGGGAUAAAGUUUUGGAGAUGAUUCCCAGAGUUAUGUACAGAAGGCACAAUAGUUCACCUGGUCUCAGAACUAAGAAAGAUGCCUUUGAUGUAUCGAUUGACGGCACAUUGCAGAAAAUUCAAACAAGACUUCAAGAACUCAAUUUGGCUCUGUGACCUGUUCUGCCAUUCUUCUACUCACUGUAAUUAUAAUUUUGGUUGCUUUACUUCUUCCUUCCUUCUUUAGUUAAUUAUAUCUACUGUAGGUUCUGGAUUAAAUUAGAGAGUUUUUGUGUUUCAUUGGCAAUAAUCCAUUGGUCUCGAUGCAUUCCUUGGUAAUAUUGUUUUUGAGCUAAAUAGUGAAUCAAUUCUAUCCAA